AGGUGGACCAGGCCAUCCUGUCGGAGGAGGACCGAGUGGUGGUCAUCCGCUUCGGGCACGACUGGGAUCCGACCUGCAUGAAAAUGGAUGAAGUCUUGUACAGCAUUGCGGAGAAGGUGAAAAACUUUGCUGUUAUUUAUCUUGUGGAUAUCACUGAAGUACCAGACUUCAACAAGAUGUAUGAGUUGUACGAUCCCUGUACAGUCAUGUUCUUCUUCAGGAAUAAACACAUCAUGAUUGAUUUAGGUACAGGUAAUAACAACAAGAUCAACUGGGCAAUGGAAGAUAAGCAAGAGAUGAUUGACAUUAUAGAAACUGUUUAUAGAGGAGCCCGCAAAGGUCGAGGUUUGGUAGUAUCACCAAAAGAUUAUUCCACUAAAUACAGAUACUGACAUUUUCUUAAGUGUCUGCUUUUUUUAACCCUGCAUCCACUUAAAUUUAUCUUUGUGUAUGUGUGUACAUAUUAAUAUGUAUAUAUUAAAAAAACCCAGAUCCUACAAAUUGGUGAGCAUAGUUGGAAUUAUUUAAAAGCUUUAAAUUCUGUUUGAAACAGUAGAAGACAUGAAGCUUGGAGCUGUCUGCAGAAAUACUGUAGCUGCAUUUUUUUUAAUUAAGACUUAACUCUGUCUAGUAUGAUGUAUUUUUCUACACGAAAAGCCUAUUUGCAGAAAAACAUUUCAACUGUGUUUGUCUGCUUUGUUAAGCAAAAAUUGGGGAAAAGUGUAUUAUAGCCUUUUUUUAAAGGAAUAAAAUGUGUUCCACUUA